AUGAGUAAAUAUGGUACUCUGGUUAUGGGCCCGGCCGGUGCUGGCAAAUCUACCUUCUGUUCCGCCCUGAUCCAGCAUCUCCAGAACAGCAAACGCCCGUGUUUCUACGUAAACCUGGAUCCUGCGGCUGAGGAAUUCGCAUUCGAGCCCGAUCUAGACAUUAAGGAUUUGAUUAGCCUGGAAGAUGUCAUGGAAGAGAUGAGCCUAGGACCCAACGGUGGCCUAAUAUACUGCUUCGAAUUUCUCAUGGAGAACCUCGACUGGCUGACGGACCCGCUCGAGGAAGUUACCGAAGAGUACCUCAUCGUAUUUGACAUGCCAGGUCAGAUCGAAUUAUAUACGCACGUACCGAUAUUGCCGAACUUGGUGAAGCACCUCAUGACGGGCUCGCUCAACAUCCGCAUGUGCGCCGCCUACCUCCUCGAAGCGACCUUUGUCAUCGACCGACCCAAGUUCUUCUCCGGCACACUCUCUGCCAUGAGUGCCAUGAUGAUGCUGGAGAUGCCGCACAUCAAUAUACUGAGCAAGAUGGACCUUGUAAAAGGGCAGAUAGCGAAGCGCGACCUCAAACGCUUCGUCGAUGUCGAUGCAGAUCUGAUCGAGGAUGAUCCCGCGCGCAAAAAGACUACGCCCGAGGAAGAGAGGAAGUACAGAGACCCAGCGUCAACUGAGAGCCUCAUGAGCGGAUCAUCCUUCCAUAAGCUCAACAAGGCUGUGGCGGAGCUUAUUGAUGGUUUCAGUAUGGUCUCUUUCCUCAAGCUGGACGUCCAAGACGAGGACAGUCUGGGUGCGGUGCUGAGCUACAUCGACGACGCCAUUCAGUUCCACGAAUCGCAGGAGCCCAAGGAGCCGAAAGACAUGGAAGCCGAGUGA